CGGCUCGCUACAAACAUAUAUCGAAGGCAUCGAUUCUCGAGACAUCAUCCACAUGCCCUCGAAAUCAAGUCCGGUGAAGCAACAAGAAGAGCAACCACCAUGAGGCUGAUAUUAUGGGCGGUAUUCGCCAUCACGGGCUUGGCCGCUCUCUCCCAGGCCCAGACUAUGCCGACCUGUGCGAGCGAUUGCCUGACCACACAUCUCAAGGAGUCAUCGUGCGAUCCCACAGACUUUGAGUGUAUAUGCGCGGAUCAAACAUUGAUGGGCGAUGUCGAGAUUUGUUCAAUGGGAACCUGUACAGUCGUUGAAGGACUCGCUGCCAGGAACGCAACGGCGACGCUUUGCAAAGAGCCAGUCCGAGACAGGAGUCUCGUUGCGCCUAUUGCGACUGCGGUAUCCGCUGCCAUCGCCCUCGCAUUUGUUCUCAUGAGGAUGUACGAGUGCUAUGUUCGGAAGGAAUACCAAUGGACCGACCUCUGCGCCGUCCUUGCCAUGGUCUCUUCCGUUCCCAUGGAUGCGUUCGAGUUUUUCAUGAUGGCCGAUGGAUUUGGCAAAGACAUCUGGACGCUGACCCCAGAACAAAUCACAAACGUCGUCAAGUACACCUGGAUCACCCAAGUUACCUACAUUCCAGCCAUCAUCCUGACGAAGGUCGCCAUAAUAUGCUUUUUCAUGCGCGUGUUCCCCGGCAGAGGAACCCAGAUGUUGUGUAUUGGCACCAUAGUCCACUGCAUGUUGUUCAUGGUUACGACUACCAUCACCGCGAUUCUCGCCUGUGUCCCAGUCCAGUAUGCCCGGUCGAACUGGGCUGGAACGGGGGAGGGCGUAUGCUACCACAACACGGCCUUCUGGUGGGCUCAUUCGGCCAUAAACAUCACCACUGAUCUGUGGAUCCUGGCGCUGCCGGUUCCACAACUUCUGAAGUUGCAGCUCGGGAAGAAGAAGAAAGUCUAUCUGAUUCUCAUGAUCAGCGUUGGUAUCAUAAUCACGGUUGUAAGCGUCGUCCGGUUUUCUGGUCUGGUCACGUAUUCUGCUACGUCAAACCCAACAUACAACAACGUCAUGGUGGCAACCUACAGUGUUAUCGAAUGCAAUGUCUCGAUCAUGUGCUGUUGUAUGCCGUGCCUGCCAGCGUUCCUCCGCCGCGUCUUCCCCGACAUGUUUGGCAGUACCGACCAAUCCGAUUACAAGGCCGGAAGCUACAACGUCGUCAAGUCUCCGUUCCAGAGCAAUGCGUUCCCGAGCAAUACGAUCCAGAAGAGCGUCACACAUUCGGUGUCUUACAUGCCCCGCGCCGGCGAUUCCGAUGUGGUUGAGCUGAUGGAUAUCGAGGAGAAAAAGCAAAAACAAUAUCAUCAGUGGUAAAAAGAGGACUCGUGACACUCAUUCGGGAUUCCGGAAAAACCUGUUCGCCUCAGUGUUUGCGGUUGCCGAACGAAGCUUCUCUUGAGUCAACAUGAGUAGUGCAGUCAAACAGGUUUCGCCUGUGUAAUAUUAUAUUUAUAGAACUCCGCGGGAUAGACUCUUUGCAAG